AAAAACACGAGGACUAAAAGGAGGUCAUAGUGUGUACUUCCGGUUUGGCGGUAAAGCGUGUGUGCUGCUUUGCGAAGUACUAACGUUUCUGUGACGAAACUAUAUCAAGUUAAUUCAUUCUCAGAAAGCAUUUAGUACAACAAAAAUGAGUUUACCUCUGAACCCGAAGCCCUUCCUGAACGGCCUCACAGGAAAACCAGUGAUGGUGAAACUGAAGUGGGGUAUGGAGUAUAAGGGUUACCUGGUGUCUGUGGACGGGUACAUGAAUAUGCAGCUGGCGAACACAGAAGAGUAUGUGGAUGGAGCGUUGGCGGGUCAUCUUGGUGAAGUGCUGGUCAGGUGCAAUAAUGUUUUGUACAUCCGAGGCGUAGAAGAGGAGGAGGAAGACGGAGAAAUGAGGGAGUGACGAAGAGGACCCUGUUGUGUGAUUGAACCUCAUAGUUGAGUCGAUGUGUGUUUGUGCUUUCACCAUGUGAAACGAAUGAACGUUUGGGGUGUAGGUUAUUAUUUUUUUCAAGCAAGUUUCGAAACCGAUUUUUUCUUUUUACUGUAUGUGAGGCCAAUUUAAUGUUGUGACUUUGUUAUGCAGACAAUAAAAUUAUUAUUGUACCCUUUCUUAAA